CCAAAUAUUGUAGCUGUUUAGGAUACGAUCGGAGGCCUUCAGUGCGUUUCACUUGUCGCCAGAGACGAGAGCUUUUCUUUUCCUUAGCCAGAACAUUCUCUUUAGACAGAGAAUCUCAUCAUGGUUAAAGUGACUUUCAACACGGCCCUUGCGCAAAAAGACGUAAAAAAGGACAGUGAGACGCUUAUUCCGGAGGAUCAGGAUCCUGAAGUGGUGCACUUUGUGGGUCGCCAAUCAAGAGCAUGGUGCUGGUGCUUCUGCCUUGGAUUGGCUCUCUUGCUCUCAGGCCUGGUUGUGGGAGGAGCUUACCUGUACAGGUACUACAUAAUGGAGGAGGGACAGGUGUUUGUGUGUGGGGUGAAGUACCGUGAGGAGGACUUCAUGAUGCAGGAGGAGGAGGAUGGCAUGCUUGAGGACUCUCCUGUGGGCCUGCGCAUGGUGGAUGAGCGUGUGCGGGUGCUGCAGGACCAGGAGGUGGAGCUUAUCAACGUUCCAGUGCCAGAGUUCAGCGACAGUGACCCCGCAGACAUCGUCCACGACUUUAACAAAAGGCUGACUGCAUAUCUGGAUCUGAGUCUGGACAAGUGCUAUGUGAUCACUCUGAAUACAUCAGUAGUCAUGCCACCUCGAGACUUUGUGGAUCUGCUCAUCAACAUUAAGGCUGGCACAUACCUGCCACAGACAUACUUGGUGCAUGAGCAGAUGAUGGUGACAGAGAAACUCGAUGAGGUGAACCAGCUGGGCUUCUUCAUCAGCAGACUGUGCAAAGGAAAAGACACCUAUAGACUUCAGCGCAGAGAGAGCAUUCUGGGCAUGCAAAAGCGUGAGGCUCUGAUCUGCCACAAGAUCCGCCAUUUUGAGAACAAGUUUGUGGUGGAGACGGAGAUCUGUGAGCUGUGAGGAAAGAGAAACAAGAAGAAGACAGACAGAGGAACCAGUGAAACAUCUCACUCAGCAGUGGUAUUACAACCACCACUGCACUGCCAGGAAGUGGUUGUCUUUCCUAUUCUGUCUCAUAAGUCGUCAUCUUGUGUAUUUGGAGCUACAUUGUGAAGUUGCGUUCAUGGUCUCAAUUUAAAGAUGACUUUGGUUUCUAUAAGCAUGUUUAAUAUUCUUGUCUAAUACUGUUUUAAACAAAAGAUGGAUGGGGAGGUUGCAACAGCUGAAUUGUGCAUGCGUGUGUGUGUCUGUGUGUGUGUGUGUCUCUGUGUGUGCGUGUGUGUGUGUGUGUGUGUGUGUGUUUGUGUUUCAUGCUAUUAUAUUGUUUAUAGUUCCUUAAGUUGAUUAAGAAGGGUCCAAGUACCACUCGUUCUACUGAUAUUUGAUUAUAUCUAUUUGAUAUUUAAGGAGUGAAACAGAACAAUUUAAACAUUACAGAAAUCUGCAUAACUGCAAAAAAAAAAAAUGGCUGAUUGAGAUAUAGACUGAGUAUAUUUUUUCAAAAUCAGAAAAAAAAUCUGCAGUUAAAUUUAAUAUUUUUUAUAACUAUACUAUAUGGUAACUAAACUAUAUGGUAGCAUAAUGUUUGGAUUUGUCCCAGUUUAUUGUACAUUGUGUUUUGUGUUAUUCUGAUAAUUUACUAAGGAAAUGGGAUGAUGUAUAAAGCAGAAAUUUUAAUUCUCAUAGUGAAUAGAGAAUUGUAUUCUCUGAAAAUAGUCUGAUCAACAAAUGCUUGUCAGUUUCUCUUUUCAAUUUGAACAGUCAAACAAUGACAAUAAUUUCUUAAUACAAGAAAGUGUUUUAUAGGAGGAGCACAAUACUAUGGAAAUGCUUUGUAAUCAAAUGUAUACACAUAAGAAAAUGAAUGUUAAUCUGUAUAUAGCUAUAACCUUUCUCUAAGAAAGACACAAAUAAUAAAGUCAUAAGCCUUCACUGUUCUAAUUAUGUGAUGUGUUUUUUGUUUGCUUGUUUGUGUUUUGCUUUUGUAUUGACCCCAAGUCCAAACUAAGGGAACACUGCAGCUCCAAACCUCCCAUGUGUACAAACAUGUAAACUGAGUAAAAGCUCUGUGUAUGUACAGUGCCUGUAUGGAAA